AAUAUAAUCUGUCGCAACACCCACAUUCUCUGAUAUAGUGAAUGGUCCUGGAUUUUUAUUUCGUAUAUCAGGUUACUAGAUCGCACUUAAUUGUGUCCAGGGUUGAGGUGAGAUAAAUAUAUAUACAUCAGGUUGCUGUCGGCGAGAUAAGACCAUGGUCGGAUUGACCAGUGGCCUGUCAGUGAGUUAGCUAUGAAAUUUGUUAGGGAGAUAGACCAAAGAUUUGAUGGUGAGGAAACCAACGAUUUGUGAUUACAUGUAGCUAAAGACGUGAGCGAAACCAAAGACUUGCUGGUGAGGGAGACCAAAAGCUUGGUGGUGAGAUAUAUCAGAUUCCAUAAAAAAGCUUCGAAUGAGGUUAACAAGAUACAAGAUAAUUAAUCAUUUUCAGUGAAGAUUGUUCUUGCGCAGACUUAGGCUUGUCUGAUAGAAAGAUAUACCGGUGAGUUAAUUACACGAUAUAUUUAUCGGUGCGACACUGCAGACCUCUGACAAUAUGAUUACUUUCAUUCUUAUCAGCGUUGUUGUUGGACUUCUCAUGUUUAUGACGUCAUUUUGGAAACUCUUCUCCAAAAAAAGUAAUUUACCACCAGGCCCAAAACCUAGACUGAUCUUUGGAAACGAAAUUUUAUUCAAGAAGGACCCCAAGGGUUAUCUGGAACUGACCAAAUUGGCUGAAACCUACGGUGAUGUGUAUACAUUGUACUGCGGUUCGACUGUCAUGAUCAUCGUGAACGGGUACGACGCCAUACAUGAAGCGUUUGUGAAGAAAGCAGACGUGUUCACAGAUAGACCUCAGCUCUUCGUACCCCUGGUCGGCGUCUCCAGAGGAACAGGUUUAACAUACAACAGCGGCCAACCAUGGAAAACGCUGAGGAGAUUCACGCUCCAGACACUCAGAGAUUUUGGUGUAGGGAAGAAAUCUCUAGAGGAGAAAAUUCAAGAGGAAAUUUCAGUCGUCAUGGAAACAUUGAUUUCAUCCAAUGAGAAGCCAGUGCGGAUGAAGCCAUGCCUUCUAUCAGCGGCCACUAACAUCAUUUGUAGUGUAAUGUUUGGGGAAAGGUUCCAGUAUGACGAAGCCAGGUUUACACAGCUGACUGGGGUCCUGGAGGAAAUCUUCAAGCUCAACGCGCCUUUCGCCAAGGAGAACUUUUUCCCCAUCACGAGAUGGUUCCCGUCCGGCCGCCAGUUGAUAUCUAAACGCAGGGCGGCUAUAGAGAAGGUCAAGUCCUACCUGUCUAAAACCAUUACAGAACACCGAAAGACAUUUGACCGCGACAACAUCCGAGAUUUCAUAGACCUGUAUCUACAAGUGUGUGAGGAUAAAUCCGAUCCGGAACUCUACACCGAGUCUAACAUUUACAAAAUAAUAGUGGACCUGUUUCUGGCCGGAGGGGAGACGACAGGAACCAGUCUUGACUGGUGUCUGCUGUACAUGAUCCUCUACCCAGACGUGCAAGCUAGAUGUCAGGAGGAAAUAGACCAGGUGAUUGGUAGAGGCCGUCCUGUGAGCCUGACAGACAGAGGGACAUUGCCGUACGUCGAGGCUACACUACUGGAAGUACAGAGGAUAGGCAACACAUUAACAUUCUCCUUACCACAUGUGGCCAACAGAACGAGUGACCUCAGGGGCUACACUAUUCCCAAAGAUUCUAUCAUCAUCGCCAAUCUGUACUCCGCCCACAUUGACCCGAAGUACUGGGACAAGCCUCAUUCUUUCUCUCCAGAGCGCUUUCUCAAUGACAAAGGAAGCAUAAAGCGGAGGGAUGCAUUUGUUCCUUUCUCCAUAGGACCCCGCCUCUGUAUAGGAGAACCUCUAGCCAGGAUGGAGUUGUUCCUGUUCUUCACAAAUUUGCUCCAAAAGUUCCAGUUCAGCACAGCCCCAGACUCGCCCAAGCCAUCAGUGGAAGGCAUCCAGGCGCUCACAUUGACUCCUCUACCCUAUGACCUUGUGGCACGUCUUCGCUGAGUGUUAAGAUAUGUUCAACCUAGAUCCCUACAUGUAGCUUAGUUUAUAUAGUAAUGUAUUUGUGUUAAAGGAUAUAUGUAAGUUGGACAUAAGGGGCAAAACGUAUGUUAAAGUGGAGGAGAUAUCCAGGUUCGUAUAAUUGGUAUGUUGAUCUUCCUGCCAAUAAACGCCAUACACUAUAUGUUGGAUAGGUGGGGCAAAGUGCAUCUUGUAUAGUGAAGAAGGGAUCCGUUUCUAGUAUUGGGUAUUUUGAUAUUCUGCUCAUAGGGCAGAAAACAUAUUUAAUAGAGGAGGAAGAAGCUACACUUUGAAGGAGACAUUAUAAAUAGGACUUGUAUUAUCCUUGGUACAUGCCAACAACACAUAUAGCCUUUUAACAUAAGUGUUUGUACGCUAACUUCCAGGGCUUGCCUCCUCAUAUGUUCUCUGCACCCUGGAAUAUGUUGGGAUGAAACGGGGGUAUCUGUACGCACCACCUUGUUUAUGAUACAAGCCGACUACAUCAAAACAAUCGUACAGCAGCAUAACAGUAAAAUUGACCGGCUUGAAGUCGGUUGUCACUCCUUUGUAAUCGUUAAAGGACAGCUAUCAGCCUACUGAUUGGUCAGUUUUACCCCUGAAACCAAUUCAAUAGCUAACUGCCUGCCAUCAUGUUUUAAUGACAUAUUUCAGAGGUGCAGAGAAAGCAAGUGAGCUUAAUCCCUGGUAUAUUUAUAUAUAUGUAUGUUAAUGUUAUGUACACAUGUGUAUCACCUUAUACUGUCCACUGUGCGAGAUAAGAUCAUUUAGAAAGUGAUUUCACAGCGCUAUAAAUACAGUACUUGUGAAUAUAAAUCGAGCAUAUUAAGCAACAGU